GAGAUGGCACUACUGUUAAUAAACAGAACACAGACGUCUGCCAAGCUACACAACGUCAUUCAAUUAAAAUAAUAACAAGAUGCUAUUAUCAGUCCUUGAAACAUUUUUUGGGUUCGUCCUUCGCCUUAAGAAUAAUAAUUAAGAAUUUUUAAUUAUAGAAAACCAAAUUCUUAAGUUUAGAUAAUAAAAAUGAAGAUAUUUAGGUGAAAGUAAUGAAAACAACAUGAUUUAAAACUUGACUUGCAUUAAUUUAAUUUAAAGAGAAAUAAAUGAUGUCCUCUGAAGAUGAAUUGGUUGAUCCCAGAAUUCAGAUAGAACUUGAAAAAUUAAAUGCAGCUACUGAAUUAAUUAACAAACUAGAAAUUGAAUUGGAUGAAGAACGAACUAAUUUCCGAAUCUUACUGAAUGAUUCUACUCAUAAAAUUACCUGUUAUGCUAAGAAAAUUGGUACUUCAAUAGAGAAAGCACAACCAUAUUAUGUUGCACGUGCAAGAGCUAAACAGCUUCAGAAUGAAACUCAGAAAGCAGCACUUAGAUUUGAAAGAGCAAAUGGUUCUCAUAUGGCAGCUAAAGAAAUGGUUCAAUUGGCUGAAGAAGAAUUGAAUAAAGGCCAUACUUUUGAUUCAGCAAGACAGGAAAUGCUAAAUCAAGCAACUAAAUGGGUUAAUGAAGCUGAAACAGAGCGAACUCUUAGUGAAAAAGAACAUGCAAGGACAUCUUCAGCAUACAGUGAAGCAGAAAAAAAAGUAUUUCAACUUCAUCAGGAAUUAAAAAGAGCAAUAAUAAAAUCAAGACCUUAUUUUGAACUAAAAUCACAGUUAAAUCAAGUUUUAGAGAAUCAGAGGAAGAAAAUUAAUCAAAUAGAAGAAAAAGUUAUUAAAGUGAAAUUGAAUUAUUCAGAAACAUUACGUAAUUUGGAAAAAAUAAGUGAUGAAAUUCAUCAAAUUAGAAAACUUCAAGAUUUGCAACAAUCUGAGGAAAAGAAAAAUGAUGAUGAAACAGAAAUAUCUUUACAUAACAAAAGUUCUUUCAUUGAAAAAUAUGAGAUACAUCCACCUUUAAAAGAAAGAGUUAAUAUUUUGAGUCAGCAUCAAUUAAAAAGUAAUGAAUGUGAAAAAGUGCAAAGAGAAAUUCCAGAAGAUUGUAUUAGUAUUGUUAAUUCUGAUUCAUCACCAUUAGAACAAGAUCAUAAUCAUAAUGCAAGUAUAAUAAAUAAGGUUCACGAAGUUUCCAGUGAUAUUUUAAAAAAAUCUAAAGACUUUGAAUUAUUUUCUGAGGAAGAUAAACCUCUUCAUAAAAAUCUUUUAAAUAAACAUAAAAUGCCUUCUAAAUCCUUUGAAAAUGUUGAAGAAUGUUCAGAUACAGAUAGUUUGAAGAGUACAGAUACACUUGAUGAUGAUCAAGUAGCAAGUCUUCUGCUUGAUACAUAUUUUGUUACACCUUGUGGUGAGACAACUGUAAAUAAUGAAACUGUUACAUGUGAUUCUUCAUAAAUAGGUAAAAAAUAAAAAAACUGGCUUAUUUAUAAUUCAUUAGUAAUUUGAUAGAUUGAUGUGAUAAUCUUAGUUUGGAAAUUUUUAGAUCAUCUAAUUUUUCAAAGAUAAAAUAUAUUUAAAUAAAUAAUAAAAUGUAUUUUAUCUUAUUAUAAUUAUAGAUUUUAACAUAAAACUUGUUAUUUAUGCUUUUAAACAGCUAUUUUAACAUCAAAUUAUCUAUUAGCCAAGGUUUAUGUA